UUUAUCCGCAGUAGAAGUUGCAUGCAGUUGUGUGUUUAAGGAGAGAGGGGACGUUGUCCACUGCUCCUAGCAGGCCCCUUAUGCCUGCCACCUAAUCAAACACUCGUGGAUAGACAGAGGAAAGUGAAUUAAUUCAAAAUGUUCUUAGAAGUAGUGGCCGUAGCCGGUGUGAUUUCAUUUCUGGCUUUAGUAAGGCAUAUGAACAAACACUUUAACCAGUUUGAACACCUCGGAGUACCAGGUCCCAAACCAAGUCUAUUAUUUGGUAAUCUUCUAGAACUUAGAGCAAAGGGUCAGUUUCAAGCAAUCCAAGACUGGACUAAGCUGUAUGGGGAUAUCUUUGGCUAUUUUGAAGGCUACACCCCAGUGAUGGUGGUCAGUAAUCCAGAAGUGUUGAGAAAUGUUUUACUGAAAGACGCCGCUAACUUUAUGAAACGAAAACCAUUUCCUUUGGCUCCCAGGAAAAGCCUCGGACUGUUCUUAGAAAAUGGACACCAGUGGAAGAGAAGUAGGUCACUUCUUACACCAGCCUUCAGCACCGGAAAAUUGAAGCAGAUGGCGCCAAUUAUGUUAGAGGCAGCAGACAUUUUGGUGGAACGUUUAACAGAAAAAUGCAAAGAGAACCAAAUCUUGGAUAUUUACAGUUCUUUUCAGUCCCUUACGUUGGACGUGAUUGGCCGCUGUGCCUUUGGCCUCAAGACAAAAGCACAAGUAGAUGAGAAUGAUGUAUUUUUGCUGAAAAUCAGAAAUCUUUUCAAAACAAUGUCUACCACCAUUAUUGAACCAAUAGUCAUGACAGUUCCAUUCGUCUCACACUUUAUCUUCGCCUUGAAGAACCUUGUGUUUUUGUUUGGAAUGAACUCGGUCAUGUGGCUGAAGUACUCAAUGCGAGAGGUCAUCAGAGCCAGACGAGAACUUGGUCCCAACUCGUGUGUGAUAGACUUGGUGCAACUGAUGCUAUUCCCAGACAAAACUUCACCAAACGAUGACGCAUGCUCUCCCCUGACAGAACAAGAAAUCGUUGCCCAAAGCAUGACGUUUCUCUUGGCCGGCUAUGAGACGACUAGUGCUGUACUGGCCUACUUAUGUCACGAGAUGGCCAAACAUCCCAAGAUGCAGGCCAGACUACAUCAGGAGAUUGUGGAGAAUUGUCAACAAGACAUCAACUACGAAUCAAUUCAAGACUUGCACUAUUUCGAUGCUGUUUUUGACGAAGUAUGUCGAUUGUAUCCAACAGCGUCUUUCAUUGUGACCAGACAGGCUGCGGAAGACAGACAGUAUGGGGACCUCAAAAUUCCAUCCGGGAUGAAUAUAUUGGCUAACGUCUGGGCACUACAUCGUGACCCUAAGUACUGGACAGAGCCGGACACUUUUAACCCAGACAGGUUUCUAGAAGAGCCACACAGCAAGAAGUCAACCUUUACAUUUCUACCUUUUGGCGCAGGCCCCAGACACUGCAUUGGAAUGAGAUUCGCUACUAUUGAAGCUAAAAUGACCAUAGCCAAAGUUAUUAAGAGUUUCCAGAUUGAGCUGGCAGAUGAUGCACAGGGAAACCUGGAACUGUUUUCUAGAGGAGCCAUAGUUCCAAAAGAUCACGUGACUCUCAGACUUAUUAGAAGACCAACCAUGACUAGAAGAAGAACUGUCAGACAUUGCUAGACUUCAGUUUUCAUAGUCCUGCUGUGAUUUUAACUAAUUUGUCUACACUGACUCAAGCGAUAGUAACCAGAUCUUAAUGUUUAGCAUGUUGGACUUAUUUCUAUGACGGGUUUGCCACAAAUCUACACAUAAACUCCGAGAAAUAUGAUGGAUUGCUACACUUGAAUAAAAUAAUACCUUUAAUUUAAAAUAGACAUUUUUUUGAAGACACUAUAAUGAUGUUAAUUUUAAUAAGCAUAUUUACAAUGAUCGCUGUUAAUGUAUUUUGUUGGGCAUCAUUCAUGAUUGGUGUAAUAAUUAUUUAACUUGCAACUUUGUUUAACUUGCAAUUUUUUUUUUUUUUUUAAUGGUAAUGAUUUUUUGUUUCUUAAAAAUGUCCAACAGUCUACAGACAUACACUGUAAGCCUAAUUUGUCUUUAACAAGUCACUCUAAUACUGCAAGCCUAUUCAAAAGUUCAUUUUGUAAAUUCAAAUUAUUUCACUAGGGCAAAGUUGUACAAACUAGAAUGUAUCUCAGUUUGUAUGUUUAACAUUGUCUUUACAUUUUUAAUCCCCCUCCCCCCUAUAAACUUUCAUACCACAGGCUGUUUCUUUUAAAACUGUUUAUUCCUACUUUGCGUGUUUUAGCAUUUAUUUACAUCUAAUCUAAAGUAGUCUUUAAGUAUUUAAAGCUUUUAUUAUAAAAUAAACCAACUAAAUAAUAUAA